AUGGCAUCUUCUUCUGAUUCUCCUUCGGUCACAUAUCCCUCGCCGGUCCGAGCCCCGCCGCACGUCCUGGCGCUGCUGGAUCGACUGCACCGGGAAUCGCGGGUGCAGGAAGACGCGAUCGAGCCUGCGGAUCUCGAGGCGCAAGGCUUCCACAACUACAUGAGGGACAAGUUCAUCGCGCUGGAUCGCGACAAGUCCGAGUUCGUGUACCAGCUCUGCUGUGCCAUUGGGGCCAGGAACGUCGUCGAGGCCGGGACCAGCUUCGGCGUCAGCACCAUCUACCUUGCGCUAGCGGUGUCGGAGAAUGUCAAGAAAGCUGCCGGCGAUGGUAAAGGAGGAGUCGUCAUUGCGACAGAGUAUGAAAAGACCAAGGCGGACAAGGCGCGCCAACAUUGGAAAGAGGCGGGUGAUGAGGUGACGAGCUGCAUUGAGCUGCGCGAGGGCGAUAUCCGCGAGACGCUCAAAGAGGGAUUGCCUGAGAUUGACCUGCUUUUGUUGGACAUCUGGACUCCCAUGGCGUUGCCCGUCGUGAAAUUGUGCCAGCCCCGGAUGCGCCGCGGCGCCGUGGUCAUCGCAGACAAUACGAUCAGUGCGGCUGACAGAUACAAGGAGCUGCUGGAGUACAUGCGGGAUCCGGCCAGUGGGUUCAGGAAUCUGACCUUGCCGUACACGAAUGGGCUGGAGAUGAGUGUCUACAUGCCAUAA